UUCUGCUUUCGCAUCAUCUGGAAAGUUGCUGUUUUGUCUUUGUUUUGAAUUGAUCAACUUUUUACUUGACUUGACUCGUACUUGGAUAAACAAAUAUGGAAGCGUGUGUUGCUGUUGAACGAGAAGUUGAUAAGGUUCUAUCAAAAUUUGGAAGUAUUAAUGAACAUGCCAGUAGAGUUCUCAAAGAAGUAGAAACCAAUGUAGAAUCCUUGAAAAGGGAGUUUGAAGAAUGCCCUGAAGACCACGAGCUGACACCGGCACAAAGCUUAAUUGUGAAACAGUUGAUGGGCAGAGUCCGCGAGGCCACACAGCGACUGGCGUCCGAUCACCGGGAUCUGCAUAGUACCGUCUCCAAAGUGGGAAAAGCUAUUGAUAGGAAUUUUGUUAGUGAUUUUGCGUCGACGAGUCGCGAAGAAGUAUUCUCAGGACCGGAAAAAACUGCUCUACUAAAUCAAGUAAUAUGUCAACACUUUUAUCGCCAAGGAAUGCUGGACAUAGCUGACGAACUUGCAAGGGAAGCUGGCUUGACUACUGAAGAAGGAAGCAAAGAACCGUUCACGGAACUCAACAGAAUAUUAGAUUGUUUGAAGCAGAAAGACUUGGGUCCCGCUUUAGAAUGGGCUCGUUCACAUAGAGACCAACUUGAAGCUCAGAGUUCGUCUCUGGAGUUCAAGCUUCAUCAACUACAGUUCGUGGGAUUAAUUCAGAAAGGACCCAGUUACCAAGGCGAAGCUAUCAGUUAUGCAAGAACUCAUCUAAGUCAGUUUGUUCAAAGGCAUGAAAAAGAGAUUCAAAAUUUGAUGGGAACAUUCCUCUAUUUGCCACAUGGAAUUUCGAGUUCUCCCUACUCACAUCUACUGGAGCCAAGUUUGUGGUCGGAAAUUUAUGAGACAUUCACCAGAGACGCUUGCUGUCUCCUAGGACUUAGUGUCGACAGUCCUCUUAGUGUAUGUAUAAAUGCGGGAUGCACAGCUUUGCCCGCUCUGCUGAACAUCAAACAAGUGAUGCAACAAAGACAGGUGGCUGUCAUCUGGAAUGGAAAAGAAGAACUGCCUAUUGAAAUCGACCUUGGCCGCGACAGCAGAUACCACUCAGUGUUCGCCUGCCCCAUCCUACGUCAGCAGAGCUCUGACCUCAAUCCGCCCAUGCGCCUCGUCUGCGGACACGUCAUCUCCAGAGACGCGCUCAACAAACUUGGCACCAAUAAAUUGAAGUGCCCAUACUGUCCAGUGGAGCAGAAUCCGUCUGAAGCGCGUCUCAUUCACUUCUAACCU